AUGGCUACUCAGAUGGCUUCGGUUACGACCUCCGAUUCGGCUACAUCUCGUCAGCCAGCUGCUGCCUCUGGUUCCAGUGGGAGAAAUCCUGACCGGAACAAUGGCGACCGGCGCGGCCCUGGCGAGGGCAAGGUGAAGAAGGCAAAGAAGAAGGGCCAGUGGUGUGUUCUCUGUCGACGCUGGGGUCACGGCGCUGCGAAGUGUCGUGUUGGUGCCCGCGCCCUGGCCGCCGUGGCUGCGGCAUCCCAGAACCUGGGACAUCCUCCCCCUCCUCCCCCCUCUUCCCCUCCCCGUCCUCGUGGCUGGCAGGAUCGUCCUCGCAUGGACGGCCCAAAUAGCCGGGAGCGUCGUAGGGAACGGCGCCAGCUGCAGCGCCUGCAGCAGCAAAGGGAGGAGGAUCAGCAGCGGCAAGUACAAGGCCAGGAAGAUGAACGGGACCAACGGGUUGAUUCGCCUCAGGGCGAAAAGAAGGACACUACUCAUGAGGCUGAUCACCAGUGA